AUGCGUGAAAUCGUCCAUAUCCAGGCUGGACAAUGUGGUAACCAAAUUGGCUCCAAGUUCUGGGAAGUCAUUUCGGAUGAACACGGAAUUCAACCUGACGGAUCUUACAAUGGAGACUCUGACUUGCAAUUGGAACGAAUCAAUGUUUACUACAAUGAGGCUUAUGGUGGGAAGUAUGUCCCAAGAACUGUUCUUGUUGACUUGGAGCCGGGAACGAUGGACUCUAUUAAAGCUGGACCAUAUGGAGAACUCUUCAGACCUGACAACUUUGUGUUUGGUCCAAAUGGUUCUGGCAAUAAUUGGGCCAAAGGACAUUAUACGGAGGGAGCUGAGUUGGUGGACAAUGUUUUGGAUGUUGUUCGAAAGGAAGCGGAAGGAUGUGAUUGUCUUCAAGGCUUUCAAUUGACCCACUCGCUUGGUGGUGGAACUGGCUCUGGAAUGGGAACUUUGCUUAUUUCAAAGAUUCGUGAGGAGUAUCCAGAUCGCAUUAUGUCUUCCUUCUCUGUUGUUCCUUCGCCUAAGGUCUCUGACACUGUUGUGGAGCCCUACAACGCAACUCUCUCGUUACAUCAACUUGUUGAGAACACUGAUCAGACUUACUGCAUCGACAAUGAGGCUCUGUACGAUAUUUGCUUCCGCACUAUGAAGCUUCGAAAUCCUACUUAUGGAGACUUGAAUCAUCUCGUUUCUAUGACCAUGUCUGGAGUGACUACUUGUCUUCGCUUCCCAGGCCAAUUGAACGCUGAUCUUCGCAAGUUGUCUGUCAACAUGGUUCCAUUCCCACGUCUCCACUUUCUCAUGCCUGGUUUCGCUCCACUUUCGGCUAAGGGCACAGUUGCCUAUCAGGCCCAAAAUGUUGCGGAAUUGACCAAACAAAUGUUCGAUGCCAAGAACAUGAUGACUGCUUGUGAUCCACGCCAUGGACGCUAUUUGACUGUUGCUGCCAUCUUCCGUGGACAUAUAUCAAUGCGUGAAGUGGACGAUCAAAUGAUGUCAGUUCAAAACAAGAAUCCGUCUUACUUUGUCGAAUGGAUUCCAAACAACGUUAAGACUGCGGUUUGUGACAUUCCUCCACGUGGUCUCAAAAUGUCUGCGACCUUUAUUUGCAACUCCACGGCCAUUCAAGAACUGUUCAAACGCAUCUCUGAGCAAUUCACGGCCAUGUUCAAUCGCAAAGCCUUCCUUCACUGGUACACUGGCGAAGGUAUGGAUGAGAUGGAAUUCACUGAAGCCGAGUCCAACUUGAACAACUUGAUUUCUGAAUAUCAACAACAGCAAGAUGCGACAGUUGAUGAUGAAGAUGAUUAUGAAGCUGAGAAUCCUCCAGAUUCACCAGAAUCGGGUGAAUCGAGAAUUGAGCAGGCACGUCGCCAGGUAUGUUUUUUUAAUUUGACCAAUCCAAAUCCGGUAAUAUUGUGUGAACGGCGAACUCUAGAUAGGAGUAGUAGCAGCAUAAAAGAAAUUCCUACUGAACAACUUUCUAGUUCGUGUGAUUUGAAUGAUGAGGAUGAAAAAGAAGAUUUGGACAUUCGAGAUCAGCAACAAAAGUUGCAACAACCUCCGAAAAGUUCAACCAUUCCUUUGUCCACUUCUACUUCCUUAUCGUCUACUCCAACUAUUUCAUCAUCAAAUCUUCAAGCUUUCAAGAAAAUUCCAAAUUUGAAUUCAUUACUUCAGAAGAUCAACACAAUUAAAAAGGAGAAUACGACGACAGGAACAAGUUCUACAACCCUGCCUUCAUCUAUAACUAGUUCAGCAAUUGAGCCUAAAGGAACUAAUGAUUCUACUCUCGGAGGGUCUAUUGCCGAAGCAAGCAAGGUCUUAGCAUCUGACAAAGUUCAAGGAGAUGCUUCGGAGAAACAGUAA